GGCACUUACGGCAGUCGACACUACUAACAAGAAAGAAAAGUUACGUUGUUUGAAGUUUUGCUUUAGAAGUGUUUGGUACGCUGGAAAUUAUAGUUUCGUGCAAUUUAUUGUAUAGACUAGGACGCAGUGUAUAAUUUAAAUAGUGAUUUUGAUAAAAGAAUGCGUCGAGCUCAUCAGUCGAAUGGAUCACCAUACUCGCAGUACUCUCGAGAUGCUGUGGAAGAAGAAAAUGAAGAGAUGGUUGAAGGACUAAAGACAAAAAUUACUGCCCUAAAAUCACUUUCCAUAGAUAUUGGUCAGGAAGUAAGAAGCCAGAAUGGAUUACUGAGAGAAAUGGAUGGUGACUUUGAUUCCUUUGGUGGUAUUUUGUCUUCUGCAAUGGGAAGAUUGGGCAAGCUUUCAAAAGCUGGACACAAUAGAUAUAUUUUUUACUUGCUAUUAUUUUCUUUCUUUGUAUUUUUUGUAAUAUAUCUUAUUCUGAAAUUCAGAUAAAAAUGGAAAAUUGUAAACCACCUUGUGAAUAAACUGUUAUUGUUCAUUAUUUGUAAAAUGAAACUUUGUAAUAUAUAUUACAUUUUAGCAGUUGGUGAUGUUUAGCUAGGAUUAUUAGACAUUCCAAUUCUUAGCCUUUUCCUUUUUUUUAUCCUGUCAGAAACCAUGAAAUUAUUAAAUUGUCCCAAUUUCUCUGUACUUUUAUGCACAUUUGAAAUGUAAGUUUGUUGUUAUAUACAGGUCCUGUAAAUUUUAUUUGAAGAAUCACCUGUGAAAGACAUAUCACGUUAUCUUAGCCAACCCUGUCCUUGGGCAGUUGCAGGUAUUGAGA